CAACAACAACAACAACAACAACAACAACAACAACAACAACAACAACAACAACAACAACAACAACAACAACAACAACAACAACAACAACAACAACAACAACAACAACAACAACAACAACAACAACAACAACAACAACAACAACAACAACAACAACAACAACAACAACAACAACAACAACAACAACAACAACAACAACAACAACAACAACAACAACAACAACAACAACAACAACAACAACAACAACAACAACAACAACAACAACAACAACAACAACAACAACAACAACAACAACAACAACAACAACAACAACAACAACAACAACAACAACAACAACAACAACAACAACAACACAAAGCAACAGAUAGCAGCGUGAGUCAGAGUCGCUCGUGGAUAGGUCGAGGAGGACCGUCGCCUCAGGCAUUCGCAACGCAGCCUGUCAACUCCAAACAAACAUCGCAGGCCUGUGCUGGGCACAACAGUACGAGUGUUAGCUCCGAGGUGUUGAACACUCGCACAUAUGCUGUGUUAGUCCGAGCCGCAGUGCCCAAAUCAGUGGUGAAGCUGGAGCCCGAGACGCGACGGACUGACCUGCACUGCUUCCAAGGGAUGGUUCUUCGAAGGUUGGAGACCAUGGCAGGAAGGCUUUGUGUGCAUGCCUUUGCACGUGUGAUGGAUUACGUCAUGGUUGUAGUGUUACUGGUAAGCACCGAAAUCGUGGCGGGCAGUAGCGAGCCAUUCCGGGAUGUCAUUGCCUUUCCACUACAACCAAUUCCAUACGAAGUCGAGCUACCAAAUGGAGAGCAAAUUCAAUCACCGAUGGCAAUGGUAACGGAGGCAGUGAUGUUCCGAGAAAACAGUAGAAGCGAGUACACACCACAUUUGAUGUAUAUGUACAAGCUAUACCACGGCGCAACAGCUUACUUGGAGGUGGCUGUGUACGAUGUCAGCUAUAUGGGAGGUCAAACAUGGCACUUGCUGGAACGUGAAGUAGACUUGAGCAAGGCUCUGGAUGCAAGAUGUUCGUCUUCUUCCUUCUCGCUCAUGCCAAGCAUCGCUGUGUCUCCAUCCAGACAUCAGGUCAUAAUGCAUGGUUGGGGCCCUGGUGAAUGUGGAGAGCUGUUGCUGAUGUACGACAGUGAUAGGAAUACCAGGGUCAUUCGCGCACAGCAGAAACAGAGGAAUCCCCCCAUUGGAGAGCUAGGAACAGCUCUGGUCACCAUUUCCGCACCAAGCGCUGGCAGAGGGAAUUACAUGUAUCGGAGCUCUCCAUUCUACCUGGUUUCAUUCGGAGGGUGUGCAUGGCAUGGCUACCAGCCAGAAACACGCAAGUGUUCGAAUUACUCCGACGGCCUGCACCAGGUACUGGUACGGGUGACCGAGGAACAGGACGAUGACGGUGUCGCACAAUGGGAACACAUCCAGCUGAAUGAAACCCAGAAGCCUGAAAGUCGAGUAUUCGCCAGGCUCUUCGCAGAUGGCAAUGCCUCCCUUGUACUGUUUGGUGGAUGGAAGCCGCUUGGACGUUGGAAUGGCAUUGCUAUUUUGGAUGUUUGGAGAUUUGACCUUUCAUCGCGGAUGUGGAUAGACCUGGGUGCUGUUUUCCUGAAACGAUGGGAAGCCUAUAAUACCAAACGGGGUCCAGACUCGCUUGAUAUCAUGGCAUCCUAUCAAGCCUCACGCAGAACAUUGGUCAUUUACGACAACUUCAGACGCAAUGGUUGCCUUGCCAUUGUUUGCUACCUUUGGGAAGCCUCUGCCAGCUGUGCUAGGGCUUCGGUGCGCUCGUCGUCCCUGUUUUUCUCAGGCCUCUGCUGGGUGAACCUGGCAUCAGGGACGUCAUCUUUCUAUUUCGUAUCUUCGCUGGGAAGAGAGAUAUCAUCAGUGCGCAUAUACAUAACCAUCACCAGGAAUCGAACAGUUCAGCGACUGGAGCACCAUGACUUGGGAUUUGCGAAGGGCUUUCCGGGCUUUAAAGGAAGCUCGCGGCGGGAGGUCGCGGCCCUGCAACAGCCCAUGACAUCCAGUGAGAAUCGAGAGUACGUCUUCUUCGGAGUAGGAGGCUUGAGUAGGAGAGAAAGCCGACCAAUACGGGACUUCAUUGCUGAAAACAAUGCCUCAAUGCCAGUGUGGAUAUUACGCUACAGCAAUCCGAGAAGAUCAGGGACGCUGUCAAGCUUUGAGUACACUCUGCUCUAUCCCAAACCGGGACCAAAGGACCCACUCCGCCACUACCCUAGCGUCACGUUUGUUACAAACAAAACCGCGGUCUUAUAUGGUGGCUACAUCAGAAGUUCAGCCAGGUCAGCUGAGCCUGAUCCCAAUCCGACGUGCUUCAAUCUGCAGCGUCACUUUUGGACUAGAGCUGAUAUUGCAGCGGGUGUUGUACCUUCGCUACGACGAGAGCACGUUUCAUUCCGGCACAACAGCUCUGUCAUGGUUGUGCAUGGAGGAAUAGCGCCGUGGGACGACGUUCUGGGCGAUCUUUGGAUGCUCGUCAUGGACGACGAACCUCGCUGCAAAGUUCGCUGGCACAACCUUACGCCUCAUGUCAAGAAGGGACGUCUACCCCAGAAUUUUGGUCACAGUGCAACCCACACUGACAAUGCUGUAAUCCUGUACGGCGGGCGAAAACCAGGCCCCUCUAAACUCACAUUCGUUAGAAUACAAUCGUCAACUUGGGUUUCGGUAAGCGACAUUCUUAUUAGCCCCAGCAUUCCAAACCGCUACUACCACAGCCUCUCGUUUUUCAAUGCUGACCUUAUUCUUCUAGGAGGAUUUCGGGCUGAUGGUCGAAAUCAGCCACGAGCAGACUGGGCAUUGCUGAUGUCCUUCAAAAGAGCAGGAACUUCCAUGAUCGCCACCUCGACAAGAUUCUUCAAAGCCGACAUCGUGUCCCAAUUGGUCUUUGGAGAUAUGGUGCUUUCCGGCUACGGGACGCACUCCAACGUGAUGCUGGAGUCACAUUUCAGCAUUCUCAACACGACUGGACUGUGUCCUAUUGGACAUGAACGAGAUCAAGACAACACCUGCCAUCCAUGUGCCAAUGGGUAUUACUCAGCCACUCUUCAACAACAAUGUACGAAAUGCAACCAAUCACUGACAACCAGCAAUGUGGCAUCCAGUUAUUGUGUUCCCGACAGCCCGUGCAAGCCACACAUCUGUAACCAUGGUAACUGUAUCGUCGACGAAGUCAACUUCAAACAUAUCUGUGUAUGCCAAUUCGGAUAUCUUCCCGAUGAUGACUGCAAAACACCAUCCAUCUACCUGGCCUUGAUGGCAGCUCUUGUUUUCACGUCCACUCUAACUAUACUCACCAUUGCUCUCAUUCAGUUCUUGAGGAAGAGAAGAGCCCUCAAUGCCAAGGAAAUUGAAUUAGUCAACACCAACCGUGACCUCUACCGUUCUAAACGAAAAAUCAGUCAACUUGAUCAUGGAACAUGCAUUGCCUGGUCGGAUCUGAAGAUCAAGAAACAACUAGCUACUGGGAGAUUCAGCAAGGUAUUACUAGCUGAGCUAGGCGAUAUGGCUGUUGUGGUCAAGCGACUUCCAGCAUUCGUUUCCAAUGCCUCACCUGACGACAUCUUCAUCCAAGAGGCUGAAGUUCUUCGAACAUUGCGUCAUCCCAAUAUUGUCAUGUUCUUUGGAGCUGGAAAGGACACAAGAUCGGGCUGCCCUUUUCUAGUGAUGGAAUAUUUAAGACGAGGCUCGCUCUACGAUGUUAUCCAUGGUGAAUCCAAAGUGAUUGAACACAUCGAUCGACUUCGCUUUUCCCUGGAUGCUGCACGCGGAAUCAAGUACCUACACAGUACAAGGCCUCCAAGAAUUCAUCGUGAUAUCAAGUCAGCUAACAUGCUGGUCAGUGAUAAAUGGGUGGUGAAAGUAGCUGACAUGGAGACUACACGAUUUCUGGCUAUCCUACAAGCUAACACUAAGCCAAAGGAGACCUCGUCCAGUGCUGCUAACGGAGAAACAGAUCACGCUAAACGCACUACAUCCUUCACAAGCCAGCAAUCUGAUCUGCUGACAACACCCCUUCUAGCUACCACAGUGCUCAGUGAUGACAGCCCUGGUAUUACUCAGGACAGGCACAGAGACACAGAGGGUAUGACAUCGCGUAUUGGAAUGACGUGUGGAGUAGGCACUGAUCGCUGGAGAUCACCUGAAUCUAUCAAGAAGAAUCUCUACACGGAGAAACACGAUGUUUACAGUUUUGGCGUGGUCAUGUGGGAGCUGAGCACUCGUCAGAUACCCUAUGGACAUCUGCACAACUCAGAAGAUGUACUUGACGAAAUUGUCCGAGGCAAUAAGCUGAUCUUUCCACCCGAUAUCCGCUAUGCCUAUCGACAUCUUGCUGAACAGUGCCUUAAGACGGAUCCUGAAGAACGACCACCUAUGGGGACUAUUGUCCAAGAACUGAUGUCACAGAUUGAUGCAAUCUGAUCCUGGAGCAGCAUAUGACCAAACACUGUGUUCCUCAUCAGCGUUCAGCCAUGAAAAAACGUAAUUUGAGGCUUCUGAAGUAGACAGCGAUGAUGGCCAUCGAAUGUUCCCUGCCCCCCCCCCCCCUCCCAUGUAUAAGUACACCGACCCCCCCCCCCCUCCCAAUUUGGAAUGCACUGCCACCUGCUUACCGCCUUUCUAAUUCAACUGCUGAAUUUCGAUCAUCCAUCAAGACGUUCUUAGGGUUCCCUGUAAGAAGGCGAUGACGCCUGAGGGGAAUUCCCUAGUAAAAAUAAGAAGAAUAAAAAUAAAUCAAUAAUUUCUUUGACUGGCUGUAUCAGUUGCGCACUUAUACCUGUUGAUCAGUACCUACAUGUAUUAUGUGCAUGACUGUAUAUACAUGUGUGCACUGUGCAUCUACUGCUUACACAGCUGCAUAAUGCCGUUUAUUAUUAUUUUUAAAAUUUUACUUUUAUUAUUUUUUUCGGCAACGCAGAUGAUGAUGAUGAUGAUGAUGACUGUAUAAUAUACCAUACUUAUACAUGUACAUGCACCUGUAUGUGGAAGGUUACCAUGGUUACGGGAGAUCUCUUGGCACACUCGUUAUGUUUGUCUUUUGUUCUUUCUUCCUUUUUCCCUUGUACUUUUUUCUUCUUCCUCUUUUUUCUUUUUUUUCCCUUUCUCUUUUUCUUUUUGAGUAUUUGCAGUCUGUGUUUUCUGUGUUUUCCUCUCUUUCGUGGAGGCUUGCUUGUUGUAUUCUUGGCUUUUGUCCGUUACUUUAUCGCCAUCAUAAUAUUGGGCACCAUUGCCCGUUUGGUCUGCUAUACAAAAUAAAAUUUCAACAACAACAACUCUACACCUUCUCACCUCCUUCACAUUGUAUUAUCUAGUGAUACCAUAGUAUUAGAUUCACCUGAUCAUUAAUUUCUAAUCCUUAUGCAGAACCUAAAGGUAACACUAAAGAUGUAAAAUUAAUAUCUGUAUGUCGUGAGGAAAUCAAGCGGCGUUCUCAAGUAGAAGGUUAGUGAUUGAGUCUUUGAGAAUCACUGUAUGUUCUUGGAGACUAACUCAAGAAAAGAACACGUUUCAGGCUGCUCACAAAAAAAACGAGUCUCAAUCCACAUUUUUCAAAACUUUUCCACGGCUCUAGUCCGGCCAGUGGCUGCUCAUCCGGCGGGAUGAAGGCAACAAGGAACUAAACAAGCUCAGUAAAGGACGUUUACAGCGGAGAUGGCAUAUACACAGCACAAAGAAGAGUAGCCAGAAACAACACGGUGAAUGCAUGACCUAGUAGUACACACAGAAGGAAUGGCAAAAUGAGGUGCAAGUGCAAAGAAACCAAUUUGCAAACAAUAGUGCGAUGUAUUGCGACAACAAAUGACAAUCAAUGGACAAAACCAACCAGUUGUUGACGACCUGCGAAACGACCUAAUCGUGCAAUUUUUUUAAUUGUUCCUGUUUGCAUAGGCUUGGCCUGGUGUGGAUGUAGACAGUUUUACUUCUGGCUACUUUUCUUUAAGCUCUGGAAAGUCGCAUUGGCAAGGUACAGGCAUCAGAGCUCCGACUGUUGCAAGUGUCAAUCGGCAUUUGAAUCGACCUUAAUUGUGAAUGGCCGACGGUCCUCAGCGCUUGUUCAGCACCUCCAUGAGCGACACGGCGACUGUCUCAUCCCCUCAGCGUCUUCUGCGCGCUACCUCGGCGUUCACCUUGACAAUCGCCUAGACUGGGACACCCAUGUAAACUAUGUGGUCACCAAGGUUGCCAAGAAAAUUGGCGCCUUGUGGCGGGCACGCCGAAGCCUAUCAAGACGCUCUCGUCAGGUGUAUGUGAAGGCGGUCAUAAUGCCCAACCUGUUUUAUGGCUCCUGCUGCUUUUCAGCCGCAAUGCGAGAGGGUCAACUGAAACGACUGCAAACCGCGCAAAACAGAGCCAUCCGCUGUAUCGGUGGCAACCCGCCCCGGACAGCCAUGCAGCCGCUGCUCACUGCUCACUCCCUGUACCAUGUCAGCGAGCUCUACAGGCAGAAAAUAUUGAUCACCAUCUGGCGGUGCAUCCACGCCCGCACCAGCCCUGUGCUCGCCCAGCUUCUGACCCCGGCACAAGGCACCCCUACCCGCCAUCAGCAGUCAAAUGGCCUACUGUUCUGUAGGUUUUGCACAAGAACUCUCCAAUUUUGAGUUGCAAUAUUGGCAACUUUUGAGCUUUUUCUGAAAAUAUGGAUGCGAUUUCAGCAACUAGCACGGGUACGAGUUUGCUGUCGCAGCAUCGCUGCAUUUCUGCUAUUUCUGCUCCCUGUUUUGUAGGUUUUGCACAAGAACUCUCCAAUUUUGAGUUGCGAUAUUGGCAACUUUUGAGCUUUUUCUGAAGAUAUGGAUGCGAUUUCAGCAACUAGCACUUGUUUUGGCACGGUUGCGAAAAGCAUAAGUUGCGAAAAACUAUGGCAUCUUUGGGAAAGGGCUACUCAUAGCCUACCUCACGACCUUCUGCUUUCUUUCUUCAUCACUUGUAUCUUGCAGGUAUAUCAUCCCGUGACGACCGCAUUGAAGUCUGAAUUUGAAGUGUGAAGAUGCUUCAGCAACCAAAUCGUACUUUUCCAUUGCUUUCAUUGUGCUUCUACUGUGCAUGUGUGUAACUUGUGGGGUAAACAUGUGAUGACAUUGUACGCUGGCGACACGGUCAGAUGUUGUCCAUGCGUCUAACGUACACCUGCAUGUUAUGCAUUGAAAACCGGGAUUUGCCACUUGCGAUCCAGGGACGAGUAUCAGGUCAGCUUUGUCCUGUGUGGGCUGUAUCAGAUUGCUGUUCACUUCUCUAUCUGUUGGAUGUGUGACUUUCUGCAAGUUUCUGAUGUAUGAUGGCCACUUCCUUGCUUGUCACUUUGUGUAUUACAUUCUGUAUUCGCUGCUUCCAUGGUGUGGUCUGCAAACUGCAAUCCUUGGGCAAAUGUCAUGUUUGCUAUGUUGUGCUAUGGCCGUCAGCUUGUCUACACGCUGUAGUUGAAUUAUUUUUGUUUCACAACUGACUUCCUCAAGUACGGUGGCCACUGCUUUGCAUGGCAUUAUA